AUGGGAUGGAUGAUAUUUCGACUGUGCCGAUAUUUUCCUGAAGGACAUUUUUCCCCCCAUUUUGAUGGUCAUUAUGAUGCAAGUCCCUCAGAACGAUCAUUAAAAACAUUUAUGUUGUAUCUCAAUGGUGGUUUCUCAGGUGGGGCUACAAAUUUUGUUGACGAGAGUCAAACACUAUAUAAGGAUGUAGAAACAGGGAAAUAUUGUGCUGAGGAGAAGAAUAUCAUAUGUUCUGUACAACCAGAAGCUGGUCUUGGAAUCUUAUUUAAUCAUCAUAGACUUCAUGAAGGUGCACAACUUCUGUCACCACAAAAGUUUUUAUUUUGCCUUAACGUUUAUUUAAGAGUCAGUCGUAUGCAAAAACUCAAUGAAAAGAAUGCGAAGGCAUUGAAACUUUUGCAACAGGUUGAAACCUUGGAGAAUGGAGGAGAAUGUAUGAAGGCAGCAGAACUGUACAGACGAGCAUUUAAACUGGCUCCAGAGCUAGAGAACUUUUGUUGACGCAGGAGACUGACAGUGUUCAUAUUAUUCACAGUAUCAGGUGGAUGGACCUCUUUCACAGGUCAAGUCAAAAAGAUGCGUCAUCCCUCUGACAGAGAAAAAAUUGUUUUUGUUCAUAUUUGUAAUGCAAGAAGAAUGUGAUAAUUAUAAUAUUAUAUAUAUAUAUUUUUAUAUGGGUAUUUUUGCUUUUAGCUCACCUGAGCAUGAAGUGCUCAUUAGCAUUGUUGGAUGUCCAUUGUCUGGCAAAUACAAAUAUUCUAAACUACCCAGCCAACUUAAACCGAAGUUCACCUGAAUGGUCAUUGGGUAAUCCUCUUUCAGACAUCUGUGAAUCCAGGUUAUCAGGAAGGAUUCUAGUUGCCAUGGCAACCAAAUUUAAAGAAAAGCUAUAAAAAAUGUUCCUUGAAGACCAGCUGGCUUAAUUCUGAAAUAGUUUGUUUUUUUGCAGAAAUGUUCCUUUGCUUCAUGGAAAACUUCAAAAUCUUCUUUUCUGAAACUACUGGCUCAUUUACAAUAAUGUUCCUAAAAUGACCUUCUACCAAAAUUGCUUUAAAUCUUUGCUUUUUUUUUUAACAAACUUACAUGUAGCUGCCAGGGAUUGGGUUAGUUUUCUUUAGAUUACUAGUUUCCUCUAGAUGACUAUUUGGAAAAAAGGAAAAAUUGAAAAAUCUGCUUCUUUGAAACUGAAACUGCUUGUCUGAUUUCAAAAUUAUUUGACAGCAGUGUUCCUAAGAUGACUAUCUAUCAAAUUCCUUCAAGUAAUAUUGAUUUGUUAUUAAAGAAUAACUGCCUGGGGUGUAGGGCUAGUUUUCUCUGCUCUGUAUGGCUAUAAUUAAGGAAAAUAUAAAAAAAUCUACUCUUCUGAAAGUGCUUGUCCAAAUAAAAAGUAACUUAACACAGAUGUAACUUGUGUGACUCUACCAGAUUCCUUCAAGCUGCCCACAUACAUAACCCUCCCCACACCUCCACCAUAAAGAAGUGGAUGAAGUAGGGAGGACUGUUUCAUGGCCAUGUAUGCCACCAAUACAGUAGGUUGGCGUGAACCUGUUUUGAUAGUGUUAAAAAAGCGGGAAUUAACAUUCACUUAAAGGUCCAUAGACUUACAGUGAUUUAUUAUGUGUGUGUGAAUUAAGUGUAACACUGUUUUGGUAUAUCAUUUCUAUUCUGAAAUUUCUUUCAUAUAAAAUGAUAUAUCAAAUGUGGUAGCACUCUUUCUUAGGGGCUGUAUGUUGGUGAAUAUGUCAAUGUGACAUCAGUAUGCAGCGUUUUAACAGAUGUGCAUUGAUUUUUGGUAUCAAAAUCUGUUUCUGACACAUUUAAAGAGCAUGCACAGAUAUGUUCUUUCUCUUUAACUACUUUCUCAAAUCUGAAAUACCCCUUUCUUGUCACAGUCAAAAAGAGUUUAAUUCAGUUUAGUGUCAUGGGUCUGUUUCACAGAAGCACACUUUGGAAAAAUUAUAUGCUUUUAACCCUUAUCAUGCUGGACACAAUUGAUUCUGCCUUUGCUACCAGUGUAGAUCAUGAUCAACCUAACAUGCAGUCUAAUCAAGAUCUGCACUGUUCACCAUUCAGGCAGUAUCUUUUUGGUAAGCACCCCAUUUAACAGUGAAUGGUACUGUCCAAAUUGAAAGAUGGACAAAUUCAUUAUAGAAAUUUAGCAUGGUAAGGGUUAAUAGAGAUGUUUUACAUAAAUCAAAGAUUUGUUAAACAGAAUGAUAAUUAUUUCACAUUAGUAUCCCAAUGUUUUGUUGUUGCUGAUUCCAUGAGGUGUUUACAUAUUUAAGAACAUAUAUUUAAGAAUUGUAUAAGAUUUGACUCUGGGUGUGGCUGUGAGUUGUUGGGUGGGGAUAAAACUUUCUUGCAUAAAGAACUUCUGUACAUUGUGUAUGCUUAUCUGUGUUCUAGUAAUGUAGUGGGAAGGAUGUCCUGAUAAAAUCUCAGGACGAGGUGCUUGAAAUAAAGGUCAGAAACCUUAUAUACCGGUAGAUAAGGUGACAGGAUGGGUCAUUACUGUUUCAUAAUAGUAUUAUAAACCACUAAACAAAAUUCAGUUUGUAAGUUCAAGUGAACUUUAUCUGUUCUUCUGUCUCAGUGUACUUAGCAUACAAGGUUGUUGUUUGUUGCUGUAAAUCAAGACCUUUUUCCUAUUAUAUUUAUCUCGAUGCUGAACUGUUUAUGCUUUUGGAGUUAAGAUCAUUUCAAAUGGCCUUCAUGGAUGAAUGGGUCAGGUCACUCGCUUUGAAUCACUUGCCCUUCAUUUCUGUUCGUUCAAGUCAAUCUUCGGUCUUAAUGUGGGUAAACCAUCCAGGUGUAUUAUGAAAGGUCGGUGGUUCUACCCAAGUUUAAGUCCUAAAGGAUACAGUUAAGGUUGAAAAGUUGCCAUAGGACCUGAACUGCGUCGACACAAAGCCAAUCUAACAAUAACGCAACUUUGAACUUUCCUGUUCAUAACUCAUUUAGACCCCUAUAAUAUAAAAUGAACUCGGUAAUCUUUUGAAGGCAUUUUUAUUAUUACUUAUUACUUUUGUUAUUAGUGAUCUUGUAUAUUAACAAUCUUUUUCGUAUAUUAUUUAUCUUUAAUAUUAGAAUACCAUUAACACAUAGCAAAGAAAAUAAUCUUGAAAGUUACAGUGAUUUUUUGUACAAAUGAAUAUAUGUCUAACUUAAAAUAUGUAUAUACGUCAAUCUAUUUACAACAGCACAUAAACUAUCACAUGUUUAAAAUAAUGGAUCUAUGAACUUUUUUUUUGCUUGUAGAUGUUAGAAUCAUUCUUUUGAUAUUUCUUCAGGCGGGGGACCCAUAAUGACAUUUGACAACUCCCUCGUGAUUACAUAUCAUUAGUAUACAAUUUCAUUAUCUCCCGGGCAUAUAACUGGAAAUUAUUUUUCAUAACAAACCGAGAAUCUCAUUUGCAUAAUGGGAACAUGUAAACAAACGGAAAUUGAUGAUCGUCAUUACAGGUCCAUUACCUUAACGUAGAAAUAACAAACAAAGUACCACUAAAACAUAGGUCAGCAAUAUCUUAAACAAGCAAUUGAUCUUCAAUUGUUAAAAAGUAUAAUUAUGCACAUUUUACUACAAAUAACAGGCCUGAGAUCGAGUUAGAAAUCAGAAUCCUGACAGUGUAAUUUCUGAAGCAAUGAAAUAUUCAUUUCCUAUAAAUUCAGAAAUAUCUGGUCCUUGGGUAAAAUGUACUACUAUUUUGUAUGUCUGUAUCACCCUGAAAAUGAAAUGGCUGGAGAGCUGCUACACACUAGGAGGCCUAGCACUUGAUGGUGGUGUUAGAUUACUGUACUCCUCAUCAGUAUGUCGCAGGUUAAAACUGCACCAGAGGCAAAAUAUAACUGUCAAAAAUAAAGUUUAUUGCAAACAUGAAAUUGUUAAGCAUUUUUACUGGCAGUAUUUUAUCUCUUGUUUGAAAUUGCCUGUUGUUUUUACCGUGCCUUUCUUACAUGUAACUACUGGAACAGGAAAUUCUUAUUUAUGAAUCGCAAAUUACAUUUUGAUGGAAUAUCUUUUGUAACUUAUUUUGUUACUCGCUUAAAAUAUGAAUCAUAUUAACAGGUACCAAUAGCAAUUUAAUCUGAGACUUUCAAAAUUAUGUAGAAUUGAAAUCACACAUCUUCGCAUAUGUAGUUGUUGAUAUAUUGUCACCAUGGUGCACACAGUGAUAAAUGCUUCUUUAUGUGAGUGAAGUUAUCCACUUGACUAGCUGCAUGUGAAAAGUUAAUAUUAUUUCAGAGGAAAACUUGUCUUUUAAAUGUAAAUGUCUAUUUUGCUAUGCCAUGGUUCAUGUACAUGUACUAUUAAUGUUUUUCACAUACAUAUUUUUUUACAUUUAUGUUUUCUGUUGCAUGUGUUAUUAUUUUAUACCUGCCAUUUUAUUUUGAAUAAAAUAUUUUCUUUUUUAGCGAUGAUUCUGUACAUUUGUUAGUUAUGAUUUUAUACUUUUUCAUUUGUUUCUAGUAUAAUUCUAGUCGGAAAAAUUAAAUACAAACAAAUGUAACAGCCAUUACUAGGAAAGUCAAAGAAGUGGUUCUUUUAAGUGGUUCUUUUAAGUGGUCUUUAUUCACAGGUUAAAGGUCCAUUACUAAGGGAAAGUGAGUUGGCAAUUUUUUUCAUAGCCAGUGCAUAGACUUCUGCAAGACACUAAAUAAUGAAGAUUGGCAGGUCAAAAUUUACAGAAGGUCUUUGGAACUCAAAGAAAUGUAUGUGUAUUAUGUUGAAAUUUCAAUGAAUCGACAGAAUGACCCCCCAGGUCUUUUUAACUUUCUUCAUACUUCAUAGAAAAAUAAUUGUACAUACUGCGAUUUAUUUCGAAUUUCUACAUACCAACUUUCAUUUUCCAAUAAAAUGAAAUAGUUUCUGUGCUUUUUAAAAGAAAUUAAAAUGUUCACUUUCCUUAGUAUUGGACCUUUAAAGUACAUUUUAACCAGUGCAGAUAUUUAAAGACUGUGACUAAAAAACAGAUCUGGUGCACCUGUGAUAUAUUACAGACUUCAGUAUAUACCGGAUUCAAGCAAUUUGAAUGACAAGUAUCUUUAAUGUAAAUAUUUUGUAACCAUAGUAAUCCUAACCCUAACUUUUAGUCAGUAUAUUAUACAUAUUAUACAAUAAAUGCGCGUGGACAUGCAAAAAUGUACAUAAGAUAAUGAUUUUGUGACAUGUCCAGAACAAUUGCACCAGAUCUGUAAUGAGAAACAUUGAUAUUUAAAUCUGUAAUUGAAGUAGUAGAGCCAGAUGGUUCACAUGUCGCCUUUAGCUCUGGGUUGACUAUACUGGAAUAGUAAAGAGAACUUUACCGCAUUCUAGUUUAAUAUUUCAGUUCUGAGAUCCAUCAGUUUAAAGCAUGUAAUUUUUAACAAUGAACAUCUGAAAACAAUAACAUUUUUUUUCCAAACUUAAUGUUCUGGAAAUAUUAAAACAAACUGAAUAGAUUAUAGUAAAAAGCAAAAUAUUCUUGCAAGCAUGCAUACAUGUAUAAUAUCAUCUUCUUGCCAACAAAUAAAAAAGUUUAAACACA